AUGGACUACCCGUACCCCCAACAACCCCAAUCCCCAGACGAAGCCCACCCGCUCCGCUCGCGCUCCUCGGAGGCAGAGCGCCACUACUCCCUCCGCGAGCAAGACCUCACUCCCGCCUCAGGGAGCCUCUACACGCAGCCAUACAGCCUCACCGAGCACGGCUACCCGCCGCGGUCCCCGCAGUCCCCCUACUACCCAGACGGCCUGCGCACACCGUCCAACGCCUCAUGGCAGUCCGAAGCCUCUCCACCGCAUGGAGGACACGGAUACGGGCAUGGACCUGGAGAGCACGGUCCCGAGGUUCUCAGCGUGAAGCGCAGCUCCGACGCGGCGAGCAUCACCUCGUGGCAGAAGCGGCAGACUCUCGCGGCUCAGGGCGGGCUGCGGCGGUAUCCGACUCGGCGGGUGAAUCUGAUCAAGGGGACGGUGCUGAGCGUGGAUUAUCCGGUGCCGAGUGCGAUUUUGAAUUCGGUCGAGUCCAAGUAUCGUGAGGCGGAUGGCACGUCGAGUCCGGAGGAGUUUACGCAUUUGAGAUACACAGCAGCAACCUGCGACCCCGACGACUUUACGCUCCGCAAUGGAUACAACCUCCGGGCAUCAAUGUACAAUCGGUACACCGAGCUGCUGAUAGCGAUUACAUACUACAAUGAGGACAAGGUGUUGACUGCUCGGACGCUCCACGGCGUGAUGCAAAACAUUCGGGACAUUGUCAAUCUAAAGAAGACGCAGUUUUGGAAUAAAGGAGGGCCGGCGUGGCAAAAGGUCGUGGUGUGUCUUGUCUUUGAUGGGAUCAGUCCCUGUGAUAAAGAGACGCUUGAUGUUCUGGCUACGCUGGGGAUCUAUCAGGAUGGGAUUAUGAAGCAUGACAUUGAUGGAAAGGAGACGGUGGCGCAUAUCUUCGAGUACACGACACAGCUCUCAGUCACGCCAGCCCUACAACUCGUCCGACCGCAAAAGGACGACCCCACUAACCUCCCCCCGGUCCAAAUGAUCUUCUGCCUAAAGCAGAAAAACAGCAAGAAAAUCAACUCGCACCGCUGGCUCUUCAACGCAUUCGGCCGCAUUCUCAACCCAGAAGUCUGCAUCCUUAUCGACGCAGGCACAAAACCAGGCCAUAAGUCGCUGCUCGCCCUCUGGGAAGCCUUUUACAACAACAAGAACCUCGGCGGUGCCUGCGGCGAGAUCCACGCACUCCUCGGCCCCCGCUGGGAGAAGCUCGUGAACCCGCUGGUAGCCGCGCAGAACUUUGAGUAUAAAAUCUCGAACAUCCUCGAUAAACCGCUGGAGAGCUCGUUUGGGUAUGUGAGUGUGCUCCCCGGGGCGUUCUCGGCGUAUCGGUAUAGGGCUAUUAUGGGGCGGCCGCUGGAGCAGUAUUUCCAUGGGGACCAUACGCUGUCCAAGAAGUUGGGGAAGAAGGGAAUUGAGGGGAUGAAUAUCUUUAAGAAGAACAUGUUUCUUGCAGAAGAUCGGAUUCUAUGCUUUGAGCUUGUGGCCAAGGCUGGGUCGAAGUGGACGUUGAGCUAUGUCAAGGCUUCCAAGGGGGAGACGGAUGUGCCAGAGGCUCCGCCUGAGUUUCUGAGUCAACGACGCAGAUGGCUGAAUGGGUCGUUUGCCGCGAGUCUGUACUCGGUCAUGCACUUUGCCAGGAUCUACAAGAGCGGGCACAACAUUAUCAGGCUCUUUUUCCUUCACAUUCAGCUGCUCUACAAUGUCUGCCAGCUGAUUAUGACCUGGUUCUCCCUAGCGUCAUACUGGCUCACGACCUCGGUCAUCAUGGACAUUGUCGGCACCCCAAGCGCAACCAACAAGAACAAGGGCUGGCCAUUCGGAAAUGAGGCAACGCCCAUCUUCAACAACGUCGUCAAAGUCUUGUAUCUGGCAUUCCUCAUGCACCAAUUCUUCCUCGCCCUCGGAAACAGACCCAAAGGAUCCCAAAUGGCAUACAUCGUCUCCUUCCUCUACUUCUCUCUCGUGCAAAUCUACAUUCUAACCCUUUCCUUCUACCUCGUCGCCCAAGCGUUUAGCGGCGGCAACAUCGACCUCGACUUUGAAAACGGCGCGGGCGGAUUCCUCGCCUCCUUCUUCACCUCAACCACCGGCCUCGUCCUCGUCGCCCUCGCCUCCACCUACGGAACCUACCUCAUAGCCAGCAUCCUCUACCUCGACCCGUGGCAUCUGAUUACCUCCUCCUGGGCGUACUUUGUCGGGAUGCCCUCAACAAUCAACAUCCUAAACGUCUACGCGUUCUGCAACUGGCACGACGUCUCCUGGGGCACAAAGGGAUCCGACGAGUCGUCGAGUUUACCGUCCGCGCAGACAAAAACGUCCGACACAAACAAGACGCAUUUCGUCGAGGAGGUCGAGAAGCCGCAGGCGGAUAUCGACACCGAGUUUGAGACGACGGUGCGGCGGGCGCUCGCCGAGUACAAGGAGCCGCCGCCGAAUAAGACGGUUGCGCUGGACGACUCGUACAAGACCUUCCGGACGAAUCUCGUGCUGCUCUGGGCGUUGAGCAAUUCGUUGCUUGCGCUGUUAAUCAAUAACGCGGGGGUGGGAAAUUUGUGUCUUUCUACCGAGUCCACCACCCGAACGGCGUGGUACUUUAAGGUGAUCUUGUGGGCGACAUCGGGGCUAUCCAUCUUCCGGUUCGUGGGUGCGUUGUGGUUCCUGGGCAAGACGGGGGUGCUGUGCUGUUUCGUCAGACGGUGA